GCUUGGGACAGGCAUCCCCAUCAGCUUACCUAACUCGACAUGCUUCUCCAGACACUCUGUCGCCAUUGACACGCACUCCACACCUAAAGUCGACGCCAGUAGCCGCCAGCAUGACACAAGCCAACCUCCUCUCUCCACCCGCGCAAAUACCACCGCCCACCGCCCUUGCGCUCUCCCAAAAAGCCCCCCUCGUCCUCUCCACAACACCAACGUCAACGCUCCCGUGGCCCCUCUCGCUGCUCUUCUCCCGCGAGACACCCGAAACAUGGACCAUCCAUGAAAACCUCUUUCUCUCUACACUGCGCACUGGCGACGAGAAUGCCGCCCUAUCAAUUCUGCAGCGCCUGGAGGCCCGAUUCGGCGAGCACAACGAGCGCAUCAUCACAUUGCGCGGCAUCUACAACGAAGCAACGGCGAGGUCAGACGCCGAGCUAGAGAAAGUGUUCGAGGCGUAUGAGAAGAUACUCCGCGACGAUCCCACCAACAUGAGCAUCCGGAAGCGGAGGGUUGCCGUGCUCAAGGCGCUGGGCAGGACCGCCGAUGCCAUCACAGCCGUGGCCGUGCUCCUGAAGAACAGCCCCACCGACUCGGAGGCAUGGGCUGAGGCGAGCGAGCUGUAUGCAAGCCAGGCCGCUUGGGGACAGGCGAUAUACUGCGCAGAAGAGGUUCUGCUCAUCACCCCGAAUGCAUGGAGUGCACACGCACACAUUGCGACCCUGCACUACCUCUCCACAGCCUCCAACAACCCACCCAACCUCAGCUCCCUCGCCCUUUCACUAAAGCACUUCUGCCGCUCCGUCGAGCUCAACGACGCCUACCUCCGCGGCUACUACGGCCUUAAGCUCCUCACCACAAAGCUCAAUGCCAUACUCACCGACUCCGACUCAGCAGCCAAGCGCAACACACAAGAAGACGACGACAUCCCCGUCCCCAACGCCCAAACCGUCAACAAGCUCGAAGAAAUCGCUACAAACAAACUCGCAGAAAUCAUAAGGCAAUACAAGUCGGGCAAGAAGGCCUGGCAAGGCUACGACGAGGCCGAGAUCAUUGCUGCGCGGGAGCUGUUAGACAGAGACGGCAAGACGGAGCGGUGAAGGACUGCAUUGACCGCGAGUGACUGAACUGGUCACGAAACGGGGCGUUUUGGGCGUCUUUGGUGUAGACACGUGGAAUACGUUCCUGGACAAAGUGUCUCCAGCACAGUUGCUAGAUACCAUUCGAAGCGACUUCUUAAUCAAUCAUCAACAAAUCAUAAUGCAAACACCAAGAACAGUCACAGUGCAUAUGUGUAACCAGAGGAUU